GCCGCAUGGUAAGGCAAGGUCCCCCUGUCCAUGUGUUCUCCCAUGCACCUGGGUCCUGCCUGUUCUCAGAUAUUCUCUUCUUCCUAGUCCUCACAGCACCUGUGAUUGCCCACAGCUGGCCCAAUGGAAGAAGGGCAGUUUGGCUUCUUUCCUGCAUUUAGUAGCAUCUCUCGCCUGACCUGGCUGGUAUCCCUGUUGGGUGAGCUUUCUCUGGUGUCUGCCACUUUGGAAGAGCAAGAAGAGGAGCAGUAUAUGCAAAUGACUGUGCACCUAGAGACCAAGGACAGAUGGUAACUCCUGAGAAACCUGAUGAAAAGGAGACUUCGGGCUGUGUCCAUUGUAUACAAGGGUGACAACAGAGAAAACCCCAAGGGACACAGCCAGUUGUCCCAGUGCAGCAGAGCUGACAGCUUGCAAAGACUAGAAAUUAGUCCCACUUGUGUUGCCUCCAUUGUCCACAAUUACAGUGGGUGUUAGCCCCCACCCUUCCUGAUCCCUGCAAGGCAGGAUACCUGCAGGGAGGCAAAGUGAAGAAGCUAGUAGACCACUUAGUGCCUGCCCUGCUCUUCGGAGCUGCCGUGUUUAUUCCUGUUUAUCUGGGGGCAUAUAGUACUUUCAGGACUGCCCAUCACGUAUUGAAGCUGCUGUAUAAAAGAUACAGCCAUUCCCGUGACAAUGAGGAGAAGAAGGAAGGCGCGCAGGAGCACCUGCAGCAAGCCUUUUUUAUAUUGGACUCGUGGAUGAGGGUAUACCCAGAGUGUUGCACUGAAGCACCGGACACGUCCUGCCUGCAAGACCUGGGAACCUAUUCACACUGUGUCUCUGUGGAGGAGCAGCAGGCCCAUCUUCUGCUCAGCCAGCUGGAGCACAUGCAUCUGAAGGAGCCAGAGCUGGAGGCUGUUCCACCAACUGCACGGCAGUUGGCAUCUAAACAACUGGAUCCAACACCCUGCGUAGAAGCAGGACUACCAUGUCAGUCAGAGCUGGAACUAGCUGCAGCCUCAGAGGCCUCUUCAGCUCCAGGAGCUGCAGUGGAGCUCCAGCAAGAAUCCCAGGCUGAGAGAUGUUGUGACUCGCCUGCACCAUCAUUCACUGAAAUCAAGCCACCUGCAGGUCAGCCAAUGGCCCACAGCCUUGCACUGUCACCAGCACCAAGUCUGGAUCUUGGUCUGCAACAUGAUCCACAUCCCCUAUCAGGGGAAGAAAAAGUGGCUGCUCCCCCAGUGGCAGAGGAACUUAGUCCACUGGCUUUAGGGCCAGUGACUGAUGAGGGGAUAUCAGUGCCCACUCCUGAACCCCAGGUGUCUGAAAGCCAGGCUGACCCACUUCUUCCACCUAGCCAAGGAGAAGCAUAUGCAGUUCAACCAGAGGCCUCAAAGCCCACUGCAGGGAACAGCUCAGGGCCAGAGCUAGAGGCUGCAGGAGAGGAAAGAUGGGAGUCUACUCUCCUUAUACCUGGGGAGCAAGUGGAAUCUUGCCCGCUUGCUGGAGAGGCUGGCUGCCUUGAGCCUGUUGCUGAGCAGCCAGAGCCACCCGCACAGGAGCCUCUGCCGCCCAACCCGGAUGUAGCACCCGUCCCAUCUGCACAGCUGGACGCUGACGCAGGCUUAGGAGGGGACUCUGAUCCAGUUACUCAUUUGCACGAAGUAGCUGAUCUCCAUGAAGUAGCUGAAGACACCAAUGGUGUUCUGACAAAUGGUGUUGCCAAGCAAGAGCCUGCUUGCAAGGAAGACAGGCCAGCUGAAUCAGAUAGUGACUCAGAUCCCUGGCAGUGUUUUGACAUGGGGGAUGUGCAGAUUUCCUCCAGGGAGUCAGACCAUAAAAAGGAAACAGCUCACAUGCUAGAGCAGUUGCCCGACCUGAAGGUGAAGCAGUUGUCCCUCAUGGCGGUGAAGCUGUUCAAAGGGCUGAUCCCUGAGCAAUGCUUGAGCUAUAUAUAUUAUCAACCGGACCAGGAGGAGGGUCUGGAGCACCUGGCACCCACUGUGCUGGCCAUCCUGGAGCACUGUGAAAAAUUGCACACCUGUGUGAUCAGCACAUGCCUCGGGGACCACAGCACAGAGGCAGCAGAGAGGGCCCAGGUGUUGGAGCACUGGAUAGACGUAGCUUUGGAGUGCCACCUUCUGAAGAACAGCUGCACCCUCGUCUCCAUCACGUGUGCUCUGCAGAGCAGCCAGCUCCAAGGCCUGAAGAAGACGUGGGGGUUGGUUGGCAGGGAGAGUCUAAAGACGUUCCAGGAGCUGAAGAAGAUGUAUUGCCACGAGCAGGUGUACAAGAGGCAAGAGGCCAAACACAUGACCCUCUGGAAGAAACUCAAGAGAGGCCUCAGGAAGCCUCAGCAACUGGAGUAUCCCGAGGGCACAGUCCCUUACCUGGGCACCAUCCUCACUCACCUGGCCUCACUGCACAAAGACAAACAUUCAAAAGAUGGCUCCUGGCUGAAUAUUAAAAGGCGAAGAGAGGAAUUCAAGGUGAUGGCACUAAUGAAAGAACUACAGGGCUCAUGUCAGGAGCUCCAGGUGGUUCCUGACAUGAACUUCGUAUCUUGGUUUAACAACAUGAACCGCCUAAAUGAGUUGGAAAGCUCCAAGCUAUCCAGGGAGCUGGAGCCUCCCCGCCGGGUACUUGUCCUGAGCUGGAACAACAAGAGGAGCCCUCCCCUGAGGAAGCGCUCAGGAAAUGCACGCCAAUGGAAUGAACUUAUCACAGUGGCAAUAGAAGAUGAUCUUUAAAGUGGAGAUUUAAAACUAUCUACUUGAGAGAUUCAAAAUCCUCAGAUCCAUCCUAUACACGACCUCCAUACAAAGUUUUGAAGACUCAGCA